GAAUGUUCUAUCGGAGAUAACAACUUAUGAUCUAGGUAUAGUUAGAAAAAGAGGCUUUGCGCUGUGUGUCAAUAGCGAUUUAGUGGGCUCGGUACGGAGUUUCUCGCCCUAUCAGCUAGAAGAGCUGACAUACAGCAACGCUGUGUAACUAAGUACUGCAAUGAUAGUCAGCACGGAGUAACAAACUACCUCAUCCUCUUCCCUCUGCAAGCCCCAGUUACCACAGUGUUGGAGUACGCAACGACAAGCCCGUAAGAUGCACACUUCUUCUCUCGGUAAGGCAAGUCGGAUUGGAGUUUCUAGAAUACUGGGUAAAUCAGCAAGGCCAUCUUACGAAUCCACGCCUGAAGGCGCAGUUGUAUCUGGAGUUUCUCUUGUAACGUGUCGAACCACUGUGUUGGGGAUAUCAGGCUUUCCAUCAUGGAAUCCUUCUCUCACGUCGGACAACUCCUACGUUAGUCAGCAGAUCGUGAUUGUAAUAAGAAUAAGUCAAAUUAUCUUCACAAGAACCUUUUUGUCGUGAUAGACCAUAAAGUUCUCAUCGCAGGUAGAGAAUUAGUAUCACCAAUUACGAUCUAACGACGUAACGAAUCUAUUCCAAGAUCACAUAGCACAACCGUCAAAAUAGGGAACAAAAUGGGCAGCAUCGAAAAGAUCCCUGAGACGGCUCCCGGCGCCAUCCCGACUGUGGAUAUCAGCGCCUUCAGAGACCCCAAUUCUUCGGAGGAGGCUAAGCAGGCCGUAGUCGACGCCGUGCGGCAUGCUUGCACGAAAUACGGCUUCUUCUACCUCGCCGGUCAUGGCGUGAGCAAGGAGAAGCGCGAGGGCAUCAUGAACUGCGCCAGGAAAUUCUUCGAGCUCCCUAUGGAGGACCGCAUGGACGUCUGGAUUGGCAAGUGCAUGGGCAAGUCUUUCCGCGGCUACGAGCCCCCUGGAAUCCAGACUCACCAGGAGGGUCUCCUCCCUGACAUCAAGGAGUGCUUCACCGUUGGCCACGAAGUCCCUGCUGAUGACCCGGAGGCUGGCACCUUCUCGACCGGCCCUAACCUAUGGCCUAAGAACCUCAAGGACGAGGAGUUCCGAAACCCUAUCAUGGACUACCAAGCCACCAUGCUUGCGCUCUCCAAAGUCCUCCUCAAACUCCUCGCCCGCGGUCUCCCCAAGGCCUGGGGGCACUCUCCCGACUGUAUGGACGAAUUUGCCGUCAACCCCUCCAUGCCUAUGAGACUUCUACACUACGCUCCUCAGGAGGUCCUUGACGAGCGCCAGUUUGGCGUGGGUGACCACACCGACUUCGGCGGUAUCACCAUCCUACUCCAGGAGAUGAACACGAAGGGUCUCGAGGUCUGGUACCCGCCCACCGAGACCUGGAUCCCCGUUCCUCCCAAGGAGGACACUUAUGUUAUCAACAUGGGCGACAUGAUGCAGAAGUGGAGUGCCGGCUACUACCGCAGCGCUCGCCACCGGGUUAUCACCUCGGGCAGCGAGCACCGUUACUCCGCCCCUUGGUUCUUGAACGGCCAGCUCAAGCUCAAGUGCAAGGCCCUCGACGGCUCCGGCGUCGAGACCAUUGUUGGCGAGCACAUCCGCCAGCGUCUGAUCAACACCAUGCCCGAGGCUGGAAAGGCUCUCAGAUAGACCCCUGAAGAUCAAGGAUAAGGCGAAGUGUGAAGGGAAAAGGAGAAGUACUCUUUUUCCUUACUGUAUGCGCGCAAGCGCCAGUGUGUAACUAGUUGUAGAUUGCUAGUAGACAGAAUUGUUGUUCCGGUUAAUAUUCAUCGGGGACACACUCUUUCCGCAACUCUCCUUUGUAUAUCUAGAAGUUGGUAACGCAAUACACUUCAUAAAAUUCGUAUUUUCAACUUUGUUAGAAUGGUU